CUGGGAUCGAAACGAAAGAUGCAUGGCUGAAUGGCUAAAGGGGGAGGCGUUACAUUGAACGGGGAGCCGGCCACUCAAUCCGUCACUAUUCACCAAUCCCAGGGCUCUGAGGGAUCGAGAUUCUAGACCCUUUGUCGAAUUCCCAUCCCGCUCAUGGCGAUUUUACCACCAGCUUUCGAUUCACAAUUACCGACACUACGUAUUGUGGCUAUCGAAUGUUUUCAAUGCCAUCUGAGUGGCCGGACGAUGAAUAAUCCCAUCUUGCACAUCUCGGUCGUUGAUAGCCAUUAACUUGCUACCUGUGAACUAUCGCAUACCCACUAAAAGCCACUAUGCCUAAUAGAACCAACUAUCUUCCUCAGCUUCGGCUCGUCAACGCAGCAAAUACCCAAAUGGCCCAAACAGAAUUAGACUAUCAGAGCACCGGAGAAACAGAAUCAAAGGAGGACUGCCGGAGAUCGGUCGUGCGCUUUCACUCUGGAUGACACUGCCCCAUCAUGGUAGAAAGGGAAAACACAUGAUGCCUUGGAACGAGUUCCAAUAUGCGUCAUUCGACUUGAGGCAUCAACCAUCUGCGCAACAUGACGAAUUCUGGCGGCUGCACGAACGGACUUCCCAAAGACGUCGGUGGCCGUACCAUGUGGCCCGUGAAAAGGGGACCUGGGGCAUUUCUGAGCAAGCAGAUCACCUGUUGGCGCGGCAUCAUAGGCGAUUCGAUCAAGGCCCUGCUCGAUCAUGGUGAAGUUGGAGUUCUGGCGUUGUGCGAUCAGUAAGCCAAACCUCGAUUUCAACAAAGGCGAUGGCUCGAUGGCGAUCAGGAACAACCCACGAGCGGAUUGUGGACAGCCCAGGGCGUGCGUCACUAAUACCGGCUCCACACCCCCGGCUCGCAAUAGCUCCGACCACCAGAACUCGACCCAGAAACUCCGUUUUAGUUAACCCACAACCACCUGGCUACCGACGAGCGUUGCCAUUUGUAGAACAAGCUCAACUUCAACCCUGACCGUCCGUCUGUCACGCUUCUUUUAGCUGGUUGAUGUGCACCGUCUCGGCGAGUUUCGAAGAUCUUUGAGCCAGCUGCAGAGGAGGAUGGGGAGACCACGUCCAAGAGCGUGACAUUCUCACCCCAUCACCCAGUCAUCCCGUAUCGUACCGUACGGGAGGCCACGACCGUUUCACGAAUUGGGAUCGAGAUCUUACCCGUUACAGGUUCUGAGCUGCUGCGCUACCGACAUGCUCCUGAGUUCGAGGGCUGGCAAAGCCUGGUGUGGACGGGUGACGCAUGUAGCCAAUGACUGUCAUCUUGCCGUGUCGGGGCAAAUCAAUCAAUCAAAUUGACGGUUGAUCGUCAUGCCAAAUUGCCUCUUUCUGAAUAGAGGAUGCGAUGCGCCAAACCCCAUAACAGGCUUGCCCACGUCCUUGGAACAUCAUGAUGGGACCGCACGCUCUGUGGAACAUCAAACAAACACCAGCAGCAUCAGUAUCAGCAUCAGCAGUAGCAGCAAUGGUGUGUAUCUUUUCGAUGAGUGUCGAUUUCCAUCCGACUUUCGAUUUGGUGCUCCCAUCUCAAGCACCGCGUCGCAUUUUCCUCUCAACACAUCCGUCCAUCCAUUCAUGGAUGGCUCUGCUAGAACUCACAGUCACGGGCACCAGUAGCGUUGCGUUGUGUUGCGUUGAAGCGACAUCAAUAUGCCCAUGGUCCCAGAUAUCGUUCAUGAAUGCGUCAAUUGGACCAAUUUGGGGCAUCUCGAUGUUGUCUAGGUGCCGCCCUAUCGUAUACGUAGCCCGAUGACAGGGCCUCGGGGGUCCACGCUUCUUGUUUUCGACCCAUCUCGAGUCUGAACUGCAUUUCUGUACGUACGUUGCUUAGCAAUGUUCGUGCCAAUUGUCCAUAAUUCCCAAGACCUAAUAUGAUGGAUGAUGGACAAUGAUGAUAAUGCCCCGGUGUAGAAUCGGCCCUUGCAUCAUUCAUCUUUCUCGAACGUCAAAACUUGAUACGCUCUAUAACAGAAAAAGAAAGAGGCUGCGGAUCAACAGCCAGCCCAGAAUUUAAGAGACAAGCGUGCCAAGGCUGUGUGCCCUUGACGGAAGAUUAGACAUACACCCUUCUUCCAUACACGUCCACGCCCCCUUUAGGUUGAGUUGUGAACUGACUGGGCUAGACCAUGCCCUCCUAGUUCUCUUGGAGCCUCUGAACAACAAGACCCCCCCGAAGCGAGUGCCAUGUAGGAAUCUGAUGUUUCUGCUCUUUUUCUGCCACUUGAACUCUCACGAUUCUAUCAUCGCUUCCGAAACCCUGCUUUGCCUAUUCCCAUUCAACUAAUCGUAUUUAUUCUUUUGCCGGUGGCUGCGGCACCUCCGACUCUGCCCCGUUUUCCCCUGGACCCUGUCUCUACCUCCAUCUACAUACAGCAUCUGGAUCCCACGAUGCCCUGAACGAGAAUCCCCCAUCCCAAUAUUGGCUUUAACACCAGCUCCCCACAGAGCAACUCAUCUUUGACCUGUCUUUCUUCGGCAGCCCUCACACCCCCUCCCGUAUGUCCACGACUGAAGCCCCGUCCCUACAGUCUAAUUCUUAUAUUCGUCCUGCCUUGCCUUGCCUGUCUUUUGACUCUCACGCUCGCGCACACGCCAACAAGAGCCUAGGUCCAGAACAUUUGAUCCUCAACCGACCUGCAGCCAAACCUAACCCGGAGCCUGUCCCCUUGGAUCUGUCACCUCACAGUCGUCUCAUAAGUUUCAGUCCGAAGAUCACCUGCCAAUCCACGUCUCGUCACUAUCCUCGACAUCUAUCCCAGACGAGGUCUUGCGCCGCUGACAGACCGUGAGCUUUCAUUCUUCUCUCAUCGCGGUUGGACACAAUACCCUUCCCUCAACCCACCACCCACCACAGCACAGCACUUGCUCUUUGCAAUCGAGAUAUCCGAUUCCGCCUGUUGUCUCUGGGGGUGCCCGUAACUGCACUUCACUCCCUCUCGAACUCAUCUCAUCUAUCCAACCUACUUGCUCGCCCUCUGUUGUUUCCCUUUCCUUUGAGUUUCCAGCUUCUGCCUCAGAAAACUCUUUUCUAUUCAUCGUUGUGGCUUGUCAAUUGGCAAAGAAUAACAACCCUUCACCAUAUGUCCCAACUCUUUUCUUGUCCAAGGUCCGCUGCUCACCAAUUGUCCGGCCCAAUAUCAUUACAUCUUGCUUGUACGUGCCUCCUAUUUCUUUCGUCAUUCUCCUACACCCCCUCCCCUUACCCUCUGCAUAUUCACCAAAGACUUUAUGCCCUUCAAUCCAAUCAUCAGGCCCUCUGCCUCUCGAUCCUUGAGUUUAUCACUCCUGUGUUGCCCAAGAUCUCCGUUCCACGUCCGAACCUCCUCACUCAUCACACUUGAUCGAUCACUACCCACCGAAGAUCCAAAGCCUCAUUCCCGUAUUCUGAAACUUUUCGAAUGUAGCAUAACGUCUUGUUACUCCCAGAUUCUUGCCUAACAUCACUCUCACAGUAGCUCCUUGUUGAGCCACCCAGCUUGAACCGACAUCGUCAGUUCACCAUAUCUCAGUGCCAAACCCCGCGUUUCAAAACCCACCCAUUUUCAGUUAUAUCCAUCCAUCAACACAACCAACCAGCAAAAAGGACCAUCAAAGGCCUCAUAUACCAGUGGUUAACACAUUUGUAUAAAAGACGUACCCGAACAUAUCACCAGACGCGCACUGGACGCAUCCUCGACGCAUUAAACAAGCUUGAUCACUUGAUAACAUUGCUUGUUUCUUGCAAUUUGUAAAGCACUCUAGCCACUUGUACCUGGGACGAAGUUGAGCUGUCACACUGGCACCAAUUAAUAAAAAAAAAAACUGUUUGUCUUUGGAGGGAGGUUCCCCGGAACUUUCCAACUGGGCUGUAUGUCUCCCGAUCUUGAGUCAAUUUUUGCCGAGUUGGGAUUGUCCCAGUAUCUUGGUGCAUUCGUUGAGCAAGGUUUCGAUGAGUGGGAUAUCAUUCUUGACAUCCAGGAGUCAGAUCUGUAUGUUUCCUUCUUGCUGGACUGAUUGCAACACGUCCACUAACAGCCUUCUUCAGAGAUGCACUGGGUGUCAAACUAGGCCACCGGAGGGUAUGGUUCCUGUCACCGCCUACUCAGGCAGCCGCUAAUGCAAUUUCUUUUAGAAGCUCCAGAGAAGGAUAGCUAAUGCCCGAGGCAUUUCCCCAUCGGUGUCAUUGGUGACUUCUGUCAGACCAACCAGUGAGGAUGCAAAAUCGGAUAGUGUGCAACCUGAGCCCACUCGGACGGAACUACCGCCCGAAGGACAAGGUGUUGCCAAGCGAAAGUAUCGGCGUCACCCUAAGGUGAGUUGAACUUCUUGCAUUUCUUAAGUGGCGACUUGAUGACUGACAAGGUACCAGCCUGACGAGAAUGCCCCUGAGAGACCUCCGUCAGCAUAUGUAUUGUUUUCCAACAGUCAGUUCUGCCCUGACUCACGCGCUCGUUGUUCGCGAAGAAUUACUGACAAACGAUGAAAAGAAAUGAGGGAAGACUUAAAAAGCCAAAAUCUCACGUUCACAGAAAUUGCGAAACUCGUCGGAGAGAAUUGGCAAAACCUGAAUGCAAGCGAAAAGGAGGCAUACGAAAGCCAAGCAAAUGCCGAUAAGGAGAAGUACCACCGUGACUUGAUGGAAUACAAGAAAACGGCCGACUAUCGGAAGUAUAUGCAAUAUCUCCACGAGUUCAAGGAAAAGCAGGCCAAACGUACUCAAGGUUUGUAGCCAGAUGGCAUUAAAUCCAUCACACGUUGGCAUAACAGUAAAACUGACAUCCCACCGUUGGCUAGCCGAUGUCUCUAAGAGGACAAAAUUGGAUCCCGUUCGGUUACGACACAGCAGCAGCAGCAGCAGCACCAUGACACCGGGGGGCAACACUUCGAGCGGCAGUGGUAGCGAGAGGUUACAGGGUAGUGAGCCACCACCUUGUCGGCGAGAAAGGUUGAAUUCGAUUGCAUCGAUAGCUGAAUCGCAGCAUUCAUCGACCACGCCAACUCUUUUAUCCCAGGCUAACUCGAACGACGAGACCAUGUCAUCACCCCAGGCCGCCCACUUCGAUGCUGGAAGUCCACGGGAACCCCAUUACCAAGCUCCCAAGCGCCAGCAGUCCUGGCGAGAAGGAGGUCGGGGGGUAGAAGUUUCACAUCAACAUCUACCAUCGUUGUCCAACAUGCUCGAAGAUGGCAGGAAAGGGAUGCAAGUCCCAUCCGGGUCGGAAGGGAAUCCUUAUUCGAGUGGUUUUGUUGCCGCGAACUACCCUAGGUCGGUACCCGAAGUCCCCAACGUGCUUCCAUCGGCGCCGCCCAAGCCCCCUCUCCUCCGACACGAGCCGUCUUCCAGCAGCAGUAUUGGUUCAGUGAGUCCAGCAGCGGGCUUUGCACGGACUCCUGGCGAAGGACCACUCCCAAUACACGCUCUCCUUUCCCACCAUCAGACGCUGCCGACACCAGUUGUUGCCGCCAACGCGGCCAUGUUCGAACGGGGUUCUCCUGUUUCCGGAUUGGGUACUGGUACGACGACUCCAAGCCCAACAGACCCUGUGCCACUCGUAAGGCCAUAUUUCGGCCACGGCGUCGUGCCCAGGGGAUAUGGCUCUCAACCAUUGCCGCCCACUGGGCCUCCAGCCAGGAAUGACGAAUAUAUGGCGGACAGCGAUGUGCCAAUGACGCCGGCACCUGAUCUGAUCGCCCCAAUCGAGGAUCGCUCCUUCAAGACUCGCCUCGAUGGCAUGAGCGUCUUGCUAAGAGCUGGUGAGCUUGUCGAAAAACACGAACGAGACGAACGACGAUGAGGAGCGACGACAAUGAAAUUAUGCUCGUAGCAUACUGUUGGUGUAUUCGACACCAAAACGCUUGUAUCCAGAUGUUUCGAGAUGCAGCUUACUCACCCCCGAGGACCCCUUUUGUUUCUUAUCUUAUCGGAUACCCACGCAUGAUGACGUAAAGUCUUUUCCAUUUCAUGAUUCGGUCUUUAGGUGGAUUGUGGUACACAUGAAUGAGUACCUAUAAUGGCUGCUGUGGUAAUAUCGGGUCGCGCAGUCGCGGAUUCUGGCGUUAGGGGCUUGAACUUUGGGUUUAAAAGAGGGUUGAAAGGAUCCAAAAAUAGCAUUCGGAAGUCAUGAGGAAUUUGACUGGUGCAUAGUUGAAAGGUUAUCCCUGUCGUAACUGGAUUCGAGGGCAUAUACUCCAUGGUUUUCUGGUGUGAAACGAAUUAGGUAUUACAAGAAAAUGACCAGGAGUUAAAUUAGUAUGGAAACGUACUGCAGUACCAAUGCCAAGUCAUGACAUGUUAUACAUGAGUGAGUAGCGCAUGUCCACAUCGAGAAACCAGAUUGGUGUUCUGAUUCAAGGGAUUUUGCAGGUGUGAGACCACCACCAGAUCAUUGCGGCGAGAGAGGGGCAGUCCCGGGAUCUUAGUAUUCAAAAGACAAGGGAGGUUGUCGAUUAAUGUGUAUUGUAUACCUGUACUACAGACAUGUGGCUGGAUAGCUGCUAUGUACAUGUGUAGUUCAUAGUAAAUCGAAGCAAUAGGUAGGUAAGUGAGUAGAUAGGUAUGGCGAGGCCAAAGAUGAGAAAAAGGAGAAUGAACGAAAUGAAGAGAACGAGAAGAUCUCAAGGGUCCUUCCUUAUUAGACUUAUCUACCUUAG